UGGCCUCGUUACCCCGGUGCUCCGUUCGUUGCUCUCUUCGUUAUGUAUAAGACGUUGCGGCAGCUGGAGGGCGGUAGCUUGCCUUGUCUCUCUGUUCCUUGUGCCCUACGAGCAAGUCCUCGAGUUCCGUCCCUGUUCCUGUUGUCUUGAGUUGCUUCGUCUACCGUCAUCAUGUUGGCCAAGUUCUCUCUUCUCCCUUUGCUGUCUGCCGCAGUCUCGGCAUCUCCCAUCCUCGAUGCCAGGGCCCCGGUGGCUGCUCUCGACGAGAGAGCCGUGACGGUGUCGAGCGCCGACCUGUCCAACUUUGAGUACUACGUUCAGAUGGUGGCAGCAACCUCUUGCAACAGCGAGGCCGCCGCUGGUGCAUCAAUCACCUGCAGCGCCGAUGCUUGUCCCGAUGUCACCGCCAACGGAGGAAAGAUUGUGGGAACCUUUUCCGGACUCGUCUUUGGCCUCCAGGGCUUCGUCGCCACGGAUCCCGUGAGAAAGAACAUUGUCGUUGCCAUCCGCGGCUCCAGCAACAUCCGCAACUGGAUCACCAACAUCCUCUUCGGCUUCGACGACUGCGACUUUGUCGACGGCUGCAAGGUCCACACCGGCUUCGCCAACGGCUGGGACGAAGUCAAGGACUCCCUCCUGGCUUCCGUCAAGUCCGCAAAGGCCGCCAACCCCAGCUACACCAUCAUCGGCACCGGCCACUCCCUCGGCGGCGCCGUAGUCACCAUCGCCGCCGCCGACCUCCGCCGCGACGGCUACCCCGUCGACAUCUACACCUACGGCAGCCCCCGCGUCGGCAACGCCGCCUUCACCAACUUCGUCACCGCCCAGACGGGAGCCGAGUACCGCGUCACCCACGUCGACGACCCCAUCCCCCGCCUGCCCCCCAUCCUCCUCGGCUACCGCCACACCAGCCCCGAGUACUGGCUCUCCACCGGCGACGCCACCACCGUCGACUACGGCAUCACCGACAUCAAGGUCUGCGAGGGCGCCGCCAACACCAAGUGCAACGGCGGCACGUCCAGCCUCGACGUGGACGCCCACAAGUACUACCUCCGCCGGACCGGCGCCUGCAGCACGGACGGCUUCGGUAUCAAGGAGAGAGAGGACGUCUCGGACGAGGGCCUCUCUGCGCGCCUGACGGCCUGGGCGCAGCAGGAUAUCGAGUACGCCGCGUCGCUUGAGGAGUAAAGAAGGCACGACGCCGGUAUGUUGUAUACCACAUACACGAAAGGAAUUCAAAUGGCAUGACCAUGUUAUG